AGGGUAAACACUUGGUGGCAAAACAUGGCGAGGUUAAGCGAGCAUGGGAUCCGUCUGAGUUCCAUGAGUCCUUCCUUCCUGAACAGCAACUCUACAAGUCAUACCUGGCCUUUCAGCGCGGUGGCUGAAUUAAUAGACAAUGCAUCAGAUCCCGGUGUAUCUGCUAAACAGAUCUGGAUAGAUGUAAUUGAUGAAGACGGUCACCUCUGUCUAACCUUCACCGAUAAUGGCAGCGGCAUGACCCCCAACAAACUGCACAAGAUGCUCAGUUUUGGUUUUACAGAAAAGGGCUCAGGUAAAGCCAGUCAGCAAGCCAUCGGCGUGUACGGGAACGGUUUCAAGUCCGGCUCCAUGCGUCUGGGCCGCGACGCACUCAUCUUUACCAAGAACGGUGGCUGCCAGACUGUAGGAAUGCUGUCUCAAACCUACCUGGAAAACAUCAAGGCCCAGGCCGUCAUCGUCCCCAUCGUCCCUUUCAACCAACAAACCAAGUCUCUGGUGGUGACAGAGGACUCAGAGGCAAGCCUGGCGGCCAUCCUUCAGCACUCCAUCAUCCGCACCCAGGAGCAGAUACAUGUGCACUUUGACUCCAUUCUCUCAAAAAAAGGCACCAAGAUAUUAAUUUGGAACAUCCGCAGGGCCAGAGAUGGCAAGCCGGAGAUCGACUUUGAGACCGAUGGGAACGACUUUCGAUUGCCCGAGAUUCAGAUCGAGGAGUUGAAGAAGGGACUGAGGAGCAGUGGAUCUCUGAGAACCGAGCAGAACAUCCCCGACAUGCACUACAGUCUCAGGGCCUACCUCAGUAUUUUGUAUCUGAAGCCAAGGACACAGAUCAUACUGAGAGGGAAGAAGAUUCUUGCCAAGCUGGUGUCGAAGAGGCUGACACACAUUGAGCAUGACGUGUACAAACCCCACUUCAGUAAAGAGAAGGUGAAAGUGACCUUUGGCCUGAAUCCAAAAAACAAAGAUCACUAUGGCAUCAUGAUGUACCACAAGAACCGACUCAUUAAAGCCUACGAGAAAGUGGGUUGUCAGCUAAAGGCUUCAGGUCAAAGAGCAGGAGUUGGGGUCAUCGGUAUCAUCGAGUGUAACUUUCUCAAACCUGCUCACAACAAGCAAGACUUUGAGUACACCAAAGAAUACAGACUCACCCUCGGUGCUUUGGGCCUAAAACUCAAUGACUACUGGAAGGAGGUGACCGAGAAGAAGGCCAGAGAGCGAGAGUUUCAGGCUCUUGACAGAGAUGAAAAUGAAGAUAUGCAUGAAGUUGAUGAGGGUCCCAUGUGGCUACAGUGUGAGGAGUGCCUGAAGUGGCGGAGUGUACCUGCAAGUCAUUACAGUGUAGUUCCGGAAAGCUGGGACUGCAGCCAGAACCCCAAUCCACGUUACAGAAACUGCUCUUCACCAGAGGAAGCAGAAGAGAGCGAGGAGCUACUGACACCGAGCUACCAGAAAAACCACAAGAAACAAGAUCAUCCCAAGAGUAGGAAACGAGAAAAAUCGCUGGAGGUGUGUGAGUUACAGAACCAAGUGACAAAACAUCAAAUCCUCACACGUAGUUCAUCGGAGCCGAACCAGCCCUCCUUCCAGUCAGCGCACUCACCUGAUCAUUGCCACACAGAGGAAGAUGCACUUGAACAUGAUCAGACAAACACAGACCACCUCGCAGAUCAUCACGCAGACAGACACACGACUGACGACUCAGAGACGCAAAAAAGGGUGACAGCUGAAGUCACACACACACAACAGAAUCCACUUGGAAGAGGCACGGUCGUUAAAGACAAGAUGCGCAUCACACUAGGACACGUGCAUGUGGAAAGUGAGACAAAUUCUCUGACUCUUGAAGACAAAGACACUGACAAAGACAAAAACACAGACGUGGAGCCAGACGAGACAGAUGAGGAGAGCACAGACACAUUAAGCCACAAAAGGAAAUCGGGAUUGUUAUUUUACCGUGUGAAAAAGAAGCCGUGCCACUGGGAGGAGCCAGAGACUGACUCAGACAAUAUGGCAGAAGAGAUGAAUCCUGAGAAACAAACACAUGUGUCCGAGACACUUUCCUUGGAGAAGACCAAGCAGGACAGUAGCAGCCAAGUAGAGAAACCAGGUGACACGGCACAGCAAACACCCACCAGCCUCACCUGGACCCACUCACUCUCCUCCACCCAGACUGUGAUGGUCUCUCCACUGAGUCGAACAGAAGGGCUGCUGAGCAGACCACUGCCUCUCAGAGGGAGUGACCGGGAGGCUAAAGAACUGAAACUGGCUGGGUUGGAGAAAGAGGUUCAGGGGCUACGGAGGCUUCUAUGUCUGGAAGUCACAAAGGCAUCUCAAGGCACGAUGACAACUGAUGAUAGCAGCGCUGAAAAGCCAAGAGAACUGCCAGCGUCCGCAGCAAGCAGAGAGGUCGGCUGCCAGACGGACAUUGCUGAGAGCUCUACUUCCUCCAGCAGCCCGACACGGGCUAUGCUGGUCCAGGGUCAGAGGGCCAUCUGUGGGCUGAAGGAGCAGCCUGAGCAGAAUGGACCCAAGAAAGAGAAAAGUGAAACUCAGAGCAGGAUGAGAGUCUGUGACAGUGAGGCCUGUGAAGACAGCAGAUUGGCACAGGAGCAUCUGUUUGGGAUCCGUAACAAUGUGGUGGUGCUCCUCACGGCUCUCCUGCCCCAGUUGGACCUGGCUGGCAUCAGUCUGGAGACCACCGAUGUAGAUGACAUCCUGCAGCAGAUCAUAGAGGUCAACUCACUGAAACUUUGAUUAGUAUUGUUUUUAAAUCCUGCAGGUUUCUAUUGGCAGAGAUCCAUGUUUUUGGGGGGAGAGGUGAUAAAGCUAUUUCUAACCCAAAUAUACAGUAUAUGUUAAUAAUUACACUUUUUAAUGCUCGCUUGUUAAGUCAUGUCAUUCUCAAAUGAUUGUUCUGUUGCAGCUGGUUAUAAUUUAAUAGUGUGCAUCAAAUGAUAUUUAAAAAGAAAAA